CAAAAAAAAAAAAAAAAAAUUAAAAUCCUCAGGAGAUGUCAUCCGGUUUUCAUUUUUUAAAAUUGGAUGGAUUUCUGAUUUGUUUAAGUUAGCAUGGUCAAACAGACGCAUUAUAGAACAAUGUUUUAAAAGUUGGAUCAUGGUAACGAUUUUGAUUCAUUCAAUUAUAGUUUGGCUAGUCAAAAGUUAAAGCAUAGCUACCCUCUUCAGCCAUGACUACCCUCUUCACCUUUUUUUUGUUCCUCUUGCCCAUCUUGCUUCUCCUGGUUAGGAGGAGGAGUUCAGCAAAAAGGGUCCCUCCAGGUUCCCUAGGACUGCCCAUAAUAGGCCAAAGCAUCAGCCUUCUGCGGGCAAUGCGAGCCAACACUGCUGAACAAUGGCUUCAAGAGAGGGUAAGAAAGUAUGGUCCGGUUUCAAAGCUCAGCCUCUUUGGCAAACCAGCUGUUUUUAUCUUUGGGCCGGCUGCACACAAGCUCAUAUUUGGCAGUGACGCCAACACUGUUAGUAACCAGCAAGCAAAGUCCAAUCAGAUGAUACUGGGUGGCCGGAACUUGCUGGAGCUCAUGGGAGAAGAUCAUAAGCGUGUCAGGGGUGCUCUAGUGUCAUUCUUGAAACCAGAAUCCCUGAAGCAGUAUGUGGGAAGGAUGGAUGCAGAGGUCAGGAAUCACCUUCAGUUGAAUUGGGAAGGCAAGCAAAGGGUCACUGUGUUGCCCUUGAUGAAGGGCCUCACGUUUGACAUUAUUUGCGGCCUCCUAUUUGGGCUAGAGCAAGGAACCCGAAGGGAGGAACUUGUGAGCAUAUUCCAGCAGAUGAUAGCAGGUAUCUGGUCAGUCCCGUUCAAUUUGCCUUUCACACGGUACAACCACAGCCUGCAGGCUAGUUCAGAGGUUCAAACCAAGAUAAAGGAACUUAUACACGAGAAGAGGCAGGAACUUGAGAGGGGAGCUUCACCAAACCAAGAUCUCAUCACCCGCUUGCUCAGUAUCCGUGAUGAAAACAAUCAACAAGUGUUAUCCGAGGAUGAGAUUGUGCACAAUGUCAUGCUUGUCAUGGUUGCCGGGCAUGACACUUCAGCUAUUUUGAUUACUUUCAUGGUGCGGCUUCUGGCUAAUGAUCCCCAUAUCUAUGCAGCUGUUCUUCAAGAACAAGAGGAGAUAGCAAAAGGCAAGGCCCCGGGUGAGUUCCUAACAUGGGAAGAUCUAGCAAAGAUGAAGUACGCAUGGAGAAUAGCAUUGGAAACUCUGAGGUUGUAUCCUCCUGUUCUUUCUACCUUCAGGACUGCAAUGAAAGAUAUCGAGUUUGGCGGAUACACCAUCCCUAAAGGAUGGAAGAUACUCUGGGUUUCAACCAUGACCCACAUGGAUGAAAACAUAUUCACAGAGCCAACAAAGUUUGAUCCAACAAGAUUUGAAAACCAAGCAUCAAUUCCACCCUACUGCUUCAUUCCAUUUGGAGGGGGCGCUCGGGUAUGUCCAGGAAGUGAGUUUGCAAGGAUUGAAACCCUUGUUGCCAUCCAUCAUCUGGUUACCAGGUUCAAGUGGAAGUUAUGUCACAUUAAUGACAACUUUUUCAGCAGGAAUCCAAUGCCAGAACCAACUGAAGGACUUCCAAUCGAAAUCAUACCCAGAGCCUAAAGCAAUAUGGAUGAGAGCAAAUCAAACCAGAGCAUGACUCUUAUUGUCUCUUUUGCUAUGAAAAAGAUUGUGGUCAGUUGUUGUUAAUUACUCAUCACCGUGGCAUUGGACAUACCAAUGCAAAAUAAGUUGAACAGAGUCCAGAAUAUAUAUGCUAUAAAAAUAAGAAUAGCGGGUUCGCAUCGUUUUGUUUGCAGCC